AUGUACGCUGUCUUGUUCAGCGAUUCGAGACUUGUGUGGUUUGAGCAGAAGGGGGAUCGUAAGCCGAAGGGAAGUGUCCUAUUGAAAGAUGUGAUUCCUUAUAUUUGUGUCGGAUUGAUGACUGAUCGGAUGCCAGUAAAACGUCCAAACGUACCUGAGGGAAACUCUGUGCACCACUUGGUUGGAAUUGGAAUGAACCCGAAAGCCGACCCUUGUCACUGGAUUCUGUUCGCCUCGGAUUCGGAUAUUGAAUCCUGGUUCCUCGAAAUCACCAAAACCUUGCCAAAACCUGCUAACCCACCACCUCAAGGAGGACCAGGACCUCAAGGACCACCACCACCACAACAACAAGCGGGUAGUGGGGGAUACGUCCCCCCUGCAGUCUACCCAAGUGCGCCUCCACCAGUGCAACCUGGCUACAAUCCCCCUCGUCCAGGUCAAACCUACCCAUCCCAAGGACCGCCCGCAUACGGUCAACAGUACCCCAAUAACUAUCCCCAAGGAGGCGGUGGUGGCGUCCCCACGUCAUCUCAUACUACAGUAAUCGUGAGGGACGGUGGCGGCGGGGGUUACGGUGGCGGAGGUUACGGUGGAUACGGUGGAGGCGGUGGCAGUGGAUUCGGCUCCACUGCAAUGGGAUUCGGCGGUGGAAUUCUGGCGGGAAGUUUGCUGGGAUAUGGCCUCGGAUCGAUGUGGGGUGGACACCAUUCGUAUGGAGGAGGAUUUGGUGGAGGCGGAUAUGGAGGAGGAUAUGGAAUGGGCGGUGGAUACUAUUCGGAUAAUGACACGAAUGUUACGAAUAAUUAUUAUAAUUAUGGAGAUGGAGGGAAUAGUCAUGAUAAUAGUUCGAGCAAUAUGAAUGAUGCGGCUGGGAACGCCAACUCCCAACAACCCGCCGACAACAACUACGGAAACGCCAACGCCGAUCAGGGCACCUCCGACAAUUACGACUAUGGAAAUUCGACGGAAGACUACGGUAACGCCGGUUACGAUGCCGGCGAUUUUGGCGGCGGUGACUACGGUAGUGGUGGAGAUUGGGGAGGUGGCGGUGGAGACUUUGGAGGCGGAGACUUCGGAGGCGGAGACUUCGGUGGAGGCGAUUAUUAA